UUUAAAAUGACAAGAAUAUCUAAAUUUCAUCAUUAGAAUAUUAUAAUGAAGAAAUUUACAGGGUAGUCAGAAAAUAUAAAAAAAAUAAAUUUGAUGAAAGCUUGGUCCACCCGACAAGGAACCUCAUUCCUGAAACUCCUAUCCGUCUGUAACAAUUUUACCCCUACACUUUGAUCCAGAGGCUCUUCAGAAAUUGUGUAGCGACCUCAGCCGAAGCUGUAUUGGUAACGGAGAGUGCAUCCCGCAAAUAAAGGAUUCACCUGCACACUUACUGUUGAUCUGCCGUAGUUGCCUUUCAUGGCCCGCAAAGAAGAGGAGGAGGAUAGGAGAAGGAAGAGAAGAAAAUCAAGGUCUUCUCGCACCAGCAGAAGGAAUCGUAGCAGUAGUAGUUCCAGUUCUUCCGUUAGUGAAGAUGAAGAGGAUGAUCAUAUGGAGAAGAAAAAAAAUAAAAAAAAUAGAGAGACUAGUUCCAGCAAAAAGUUUACAGACGAAGAAAUAAUGGAGUAUUUGGCCAAGAAGGCCCAGAAGAAGGCUGCCAAAGUUGCCAAGAAGCUCAAGACACAGAAAGUGUCGGGCUAUUCAAACGAUUCCAAUCCUUUUGGGGAUUCAAACCUGAACGAGAAAUUUGUUUGGAGGAAGAAGAUUGAACGAGAUGUCCUACAAGGCAUGCCAUUGGAGGACUUGUCUGUAAAGGCUGAAAAAAAACGUCAAAGAGAAAGAAUGGAAGAAAUUGAGAAGGUUAAAAAACGAAGGGAGGAAAGAGCAAUCGAAAAAGCUCAGCACGAGGAGGAAAUGGCCAUGCUGGCUAGAGAACGUGCUAGGGCUGAGUUCCAGGAUUGGGAGAAGAAAGAGGAAGAGUUCCAUUUUGAUCAAAGUAAAGUGCGGUCAGAGAUUAGAUUGCGGGAGGGCCGAGCCAGGCCUAUUGAUGUUCUGUCAAAGAACUUAAAUCUUUCUGAUGACUUUGACAUUGAAAUAAAUGAGCCCUACAUUAUAUUCAAGGGUCUUACAGUGAAGGAAAUGGAAGAAUUACAUGAUGACAUAAAAAUGCAUUUGGAGUUGGAUCGAGCAACUCCAACACAUAUUGAAUAUUGGGAGGCUUUAAUGCUUGUCUGUAAUUGGGAGAUUGCUGAGGCUCGUAAAAGGGAUGCUCUUGAUCGAGCUAGGGUGCGUGGAGAGGAACCACCUGCUGAACUUCUUGCAGAGGAGAGAGGCUUACAUGCUAGUAUUGAUGAAGAAGUUAGGAGUCUGUUGCAAGGUAAAGGCUACUCUGAGCUACAUGAGCUACAGUGUCAAAUUGAGUCUCAAAUGCUUUCAGGGACUGCAAAAGUUGUGGAAUAUUGGGAGGCAGUUUUGAAACGGCUUCACAUCUAUAAAGCAAAGGCCCGACUUAAGGAAAUCCAUGCAGAUCUUCUGCAUCAUCAUUUGCAACGGCUACAAGAGUCAGAUGGCAAUGACCAGCAAGCUAAAGAAGAGAGUGAUGCAGAACUUGAAAUUGAGUACAGUGAGAGAGCAAUAGAAGAUUAUGGACCUGACUGCCCUGAAGUCAUCCCAGUGGAGGAAGCAGCCAAGGAGCUUGAUGAAGAGCCUGGAUCAUUUUCACCAGAGCUGCUUCAUGUUUAUGAAGGAGAAGAAGGCUUAGAUCCGGAAGCUGACAAGGCAGAACUGGAAAGAAGACGGGCUGCUGUAUUGGAAGAGCAGCAGCGCAGGUUGCAGGAGGCUGCUACAGGACCCAGUGUAAUUGAUGACAUUGAACUGACAAACCAAGAAAGAACACUUGCUAUGAAAGCAAUGGGAGCCUUGGAAGAUGGAGAUGCUAUUUUGGGUUCUGGUUCUGAAGUGAAUCUUGAAUCACAGGUUUAUUGGUGGCAUGAUAAAUAUCGUCCUCGCAAGCCCAAGUACUUUAACCGAGUGCACACUGGAUAUGAAUGGAACAAAUAUAAUCAAACACAUUAUGACCAUGAUAAUCCUCCUCCAAAGAUUGUACAGGGUUAUAAGUUCAACAUAUUUUAUCCAGAUCUUGUUGAUAAAACAAGGGCUCCCACAUAUACAAUUGAGAAGGAUGGGAGCAAUGGUGAAACUUGCCUGAUAAGAUUUCAUGCUGGACCUCCAUAUGAAGACAUUGCUUUCCGCAUUGUAAAUAAGGAAUGGGAAUAUUCACAUAAGAAAGGAUUCAAGUGUACCUUUGAACGAGGGAUUCUGCAUGUCUAUUUCAAUUUCAAACGGUACAGAUAUCGCCGAUAGAAAUUGAUUACACGAGUUAUUAACUAGUUUUUGCUAGCAAAUGCCAGAUAACUUCCUUUUAGAAAGAGCUUCAAACAUGAACCAGAGAUGAAAUGGAAAGCAAGAAGUAUCAAUCCAAUAAGUUGUAGCAUAUUCUCUUGUAAUGUAUAUUGUGAUUGAGGUCAAUUAAUUGUGCUUGAUGAUGAUUAACUGCAUCUUGUGAUGCGUUGUUUAAAUUUUGUGGUCCUCUUUAUUCGUGAAUCGGAUUGGUAUAACAAGAGAAGGGAAAAAAAAUUCUACUCAUGAACAUUGUGUGCUGACUUAUAUUAGGUCGUGUAAUUUGGAAACCUAUCAAGUCUUGUCAAAGAUCUCGUUGAGACAUGCAAGCUAGCAAUUGUUUACAUUACCAAUUGUUUUGCAAACGUGUAAACUUGCCUUUACUGGGUCAAAGUCAACUUGUGGAAAAGUCUUUGGUAAAUGGUUAAGUUGUGGUUCACCAUCCACUAAGGACUAUGUAGAGAAACUAAGGAUUUCAUCAUUUCAGAUGUUAAUAUUUAAUAAAAUCUGUGACGAUUAUCAGGUA